GGCUGCGCUUACACAUUGUUAGGUUGCCGCUCGUGUUUCAAUUGUCGAAUGUUGGGGGCUGCCGACGCGCUCUCGUGUAUUGACGGCGGCUCUCUCGCACCGUUUUUACGCAAUUCAAGACCGAUUCUGCAGUGUUUCGCCGAUUGGAUACGACCCAUUCGGCUGCCGAAAGUGUGCUCCGACGUGUUGGGAACAAAUAAGUAGUGUUGGUGGUGUUCACGGCCGAGAAACUGAUACCCACGAGGAGGUGCGUUUUCUCGGAUACUGGUCUAUGCGAUGCUGAAAGCCGUUGCUAACAAAUUCAGGAUUAGUCGUAGAACCUAGAAUGUUGGGAUCUGGAGGCCCACGCGGGCCGGCAGCGAGUUCAGCCGGCACUGUGCUUGAGUCGUGGUCGUGCAGCUGCAGCCUAGUAUUUGUCCAGCAGCAGCAGCAUCGUCCGAUCAGGCCGCUGAGUGGUUGCCUCGCGUUCGCCAGUGCUGCCCAGGCCGGCGCAGCGCUGUUUUCAAGUGCAUGGCGGAACCAAUGAGAGAGAGUCCGCUGCAGGACAGCAGCCACCGCGGAAAGGUGGCAGACCCCUGCAAGAAGCUUUUGUCCUCGAGUGCAGCAGCCAAGCAGCAGCAGCAGGGUGGUGCGCGCGGCGGGGCCGAUCCCGCGACAGCAGCAGCAGCGCCAGCCGCUAGUAACAAUUUCGACGACGAUAAUGAGUGGGACAUCGGAAUCGGCAACCUUAUAAUCGACUUGGACGCCGACAUCGAAAAGACUCUAACAGUCAAACAGGGCAACCACAACAACAACAUGGCCUCGACCGGCUCAAGCAGCGCGGCCGUGGGUGCCAAAGGAAAGGUGGCCGCCACGUCAGCGGCCACGGCGGCCGGCGUCGAGCACUCGGCCACCGUCGACAAGGGACUCAAAAUGAAAAUAAAGCGCACCAAGCCGGGCACCAAGGAGGCCAAGCACGAGAUCGUCAAGGCCCCGACGGUGGACCCCUCGGGCGUGGCGACCGCCCCGGCGGCCGCGCCUCCGCCGCCAGCGGCCAGCACCAACGGCGAUGACUCCGCCGGAAAGGCGGCCAAACACAACAGCGGUGGCUUCGGCUCCGGGGGCGGUGGACAGUCCCCUGCGGUCGUCGUCGGCGGCAGCCCCUCGUCCGCCAAGCGCGGCAGCCUCGGUGGUCACCGACGCGACAAGAGCAAGCACCAGCUGGCCAAGUCGUCGGCGGACCAAGUGAACGGCGGCCCUCCGUCAGAGCCCCCGGGCAGCGUAGCCCCGGUGGUCGUCCCCCAACCUGGCAGUGCAGUGUUGAACAGCAGCAGCCAAGCGGAGGCGGUGGCGCAGACCUCCGCUGCCCCCGGAAAUCCCCAGCCCCCGUCCCCCGCGUACCCUGUGCUGGUGGCCGCGGCCGCCGCGACCCCGGUGGGGUCCCAGGCCCUGCCGACCCCCGCCGCCAAGCUGGCACCGGCCGAACUGGCCGUCUCGGCCCAGUGCGCCAGCCCUGCCAAGACUGAGGACGCGUCGUCGUCCCCGCCCCCCAGCAAGAAACUGAAAACGACCCCCGCUGUUAGUUGUACGACUAAUGGAGUGAGUGAUGCAAAGGUGGAUGUGAGCGAUGUGUGUGUGGGAACAAGUGUCGGCACCAUUACAGAGCCAGACUGCUUAGGCCCUUGUGAACCAGGCACCAGUGUCACCCUCGAGGGUAUCGUCUGGAACGAGACAGAAGGAGGUGUGCUUGUGGUAAAUGUCACAUGGCGUGGCAAAACGUACGUGGGAACUCUACUAGACUGCACUAAACACGACUGGGCGCCACCAAGAUUUUGCGAUUCACCAACUGAUGAUCUCGACGCCCGAGCGCCCAAAGGUCGAGGGAAGCGAGGCCGCGGCUCCUUCUCGUCGCCUGCAAAUGAUCUCAGCAACUUCACCGAGACUCGUUCCUCGGUGCACAGCAAACUACGCAACGGUGCCAAAGGUCGUCGCGGAGCUGCAGGUUCGCCGGCGCCGCCCUCCGUGCCCGUCUUCCCUCGACCGGACACGAACAACAAGCGCAAGGGUCGGCCCAGCGAGACAGAAGACAGCAAUGGCGGUGCGGCUGCCGGCAAGCGUAGCCGUUCUGGCUCAAGAGGGCCGCCGGUUAGUCCACCGGCGUCGCCUGUGCUGCUUGAGUGUCCCGAGCCAAACUGCUCCAAGAAGUACAAGCACAUCAACGGGCUCAAGUAUCACCAGUCGCACGCGCACGGCGCCGCGGAGGAGGAGCUCGACUCCAAAGACGCUAUCAACCUGUCAGAAAACGACGAGAGCAACGCCGAAGUGCCCUCCGUGCCGCCGAGUCCGUCGCCGGAAAAGUCCUCGCCCAAGGUUGAGAUCAAGAAGGAGUGUACCCCAGAGCCACAGGUGCCUUCACCGGUGCCUGCUGAGCCUGAGAAGGAAGUGCUUGUUUUCAGCGAGGAGCAACCCGUGGUGCCGCCGGUCGCAGGCUCGUUCGCCAUUGCAGCCAAGCCCGCGACCAUGCCCGCCGUAGUUCAGAGGACUAGCGCCGUUCUCAACGUGCCCACUCCUCCUAAGCUGCUCCAGCCGACCGUCGCGUCCGCUGAGCCUAAGCUUGGUGACAAGUACAAGGUGAAGAUCCCUACGCCAGUGCAGCGGCCGCCCGCCACGCCCAUCACCACCAUCAAAGCUGUUCAGCCACUGCCCGCCGCCGCCGCUCCAGCCGCCGUCAAAGACAAGCAGGAGAAGCAGCUGCAGCAGCAGCAGCCAAAGUCGCCUGUCAUGCCGGCCAACCUGACACCUAAGAAGAAAACGCUUCGCAAGUCGCCAACCGGCAGUCCGCAACCUGAGCAGCAGCUUAAUGGACUCGUGUUCCCGAUCGAGCCUGCACCGGCGUCGCCCCUGCCGCUUACCCAGCAGGCUAGUGAGGGCCGCGAGGAGGUGCAGAGUCCGGCCUACUCAGACAUCUCGGACGACGCGGCACCCAUCGACGCGGAGGUUAAGUCACCGCCCAAGGGUGGCGACAAGAAGUCUGACGGCCAGACGCCUAUAAGCGGCUACGGCAUGUACCCUUACUACGGCCAGACGCCAUACCUGCCGGUGAACGCCGUUCCUGUAGCAGCGGCGACGCCGGCCGAUGGCAAGGGUAAGGAGGACAAGGAGUCGUCCAAGCUGGAUAAGGACAAGAAGGAAGAGUUUGUGGCAGCUGGAAAGCCAGGCACGACGGGUGUCCAGCCGGCACAGACAGCUCCACACUACUAUCCGCCUUUUGGCUAUUACCCUUACAACAUCGACACGACGGGCUACCCGAUCGCGGCGGUGAUGGUCGACAAGUAUGUGGACGACAAGGAAAUCAAGAUUAAGGAAGAAAAAGUGGAGAAGGAGGGGGCCAAGCAGGGACAGGGUGUGAACAAGCUCGUGAAAAGUGAGGUGAAGGACAAACAGAGUGAAAACCACCAGAUUCUGAAGGAGAGCAUCGAACUGAAGAGUCAAAUGGGCGAGAAGAAGUUCUUCAGCCCGUAUUACGCGUUCGAGCGUGAAACAGACCUACAGUCGAUGCGCAGGUAUUACUCUGGGCAGCCGGACAAGCGGAAGGAUGUGCAGCCGCUGGACGCGACCGUUAACAAGGACGCGUCCGGUAACAAGAGCUCGAAGUCGACCAGCAAGCCGCCGGUCGCGGCCAAGGAGGACAAGAGCGAGAAGAAGCAGGAGUCAGAGAAGAGCAGCAGCAAGCAGGAGGGCGUGAAACCAACCAUGGAGACGCAGGGCCCACCGCCGCCGACAAACUCGUACGCCUACUUCAACCCCAACUACAUGCAGUCGGCGCACUAUAGCACGCUGCCGUUCGACCCAAACCACCCGGUGUACCGCGGCAUGAGUCCGAUGCUGGUACCGGGGCCGUACGGCGCCACACCCUACUUACACCCGCCAAUGCGCUAUCCAGGCCCUGAGGACCUGUCGCGCGGCCCACCGCCGGCCGCACCCACCAAGACGCUCGAUAUGCUGCAGCACCACCCCUCGCAAUACGCUUACUCGUCGCACAAAAUCCACGAGCUGCAGGAGCGCGCUCUCAAGUCGCCGACGCCAGGCGCCAAGACCCCUUCCAACCCGACGCCACCGAGCGCCGGGGGGCCACCGCCCUCGUCCGUCCCGGGGGGCCCCAUCGCCACUGCUCCCGGACGCAGUGGGCCGCCGAGACCAUCGUCCGGGGGCGCGACGACGCCGUCGGGCGCGUCUACCACCAAGAUCGCCCCGCCAGCGGCGGGGGACAAAGACCCUCUGGCGCCGCCUCCCAUGCGGUCGCCGCCCCCGCAGCGCCACGUGCACACACACCACCACACGCACGUGGGGCUCGGCUACCCCAUCCUGCCGGGACAGUACCCGAGUCCCUAUGGAGGUAAGCCCGUGCUGAAUGAUUUCGAAGAUUCAUCUUAUUAACUGGUCAAACUGACUGAGCGAGCUUCAAAAGUUAAGAAAACGGCUGUGUUGGCGACCCAGCAGGCGGCUGCUGCAUCAAUAGUCAACCCUGUCUACCCGUCGGCAUCGACUCCCAAGUAAUAUGUGACUGACUUCGCCAAGAAGUGCACACAAACUUAAUACUUGUUGACGGUUCAGUAACGGAACAAGAUCUUUGUGCAGAUUAUCCAGCAACCAGACACUUAGCAGGAACAAAUUGACAUUAUAGCCUCCUAAUUUUCAAUUUUUAUCGGCGUGAGCUUAAAAUUUAGUAAUGGCUGUAAAGACUCCACAUAUACAUUGCUCUAAAUACAUAUAUAUUUAUGAUUUUUAUAUAACAUCCCCCCCUCAAAAAUAGCUUAAAUUGGAAUAUUGUAUAAUCUGCAAGUUUUGGUUUUGAGAUGCUCUGCAACUCUUCGGUCUCAAAUCGAAUAAAUGUGCGGGAGUCAAAACUAAGCUAUGUGCACCUCCAAGAGUGUGAGGUGGAUUUUGAAGCUCUCAUUGUGAAUCUUACAUGGGACUCGUGGCUUGUCUUCAGUUUUUCUGUUGUGUAAACAAACCUGUAUGACAAGUUAGCUGCGAAAUUGUGGACGGUCGUGAGAUUGGUAUCAAGCACCAUUAUCCGCUUAAUGUUGCAUAAUUAUAUUAGUGGUGCAUCUGCGUGUCAGCAAAAGUGCGGAGUAAUUGUAGGAAAUGUAGGAAAUUGUUUGAAUGGGUCCACAACGAGAGUUGCGACUCGUUCAAACCAUUUCGGAUUUGGAAAAAUUCCUAUUUUAAUCGUUUAAUGGUAUCAUUGUUUGUCUCUCUCUCUCUCUCUCUAUCUCUCUCUCUCCCUCUCUCUUGAAUUAAGCAAGAUGAAUUUUAAAAACAAACACCUGAUUUUGUUACGCAAAGCCUUUUACCGGAACCUGAAGGCUGACGUUAAUAAACGACUUGUUAGGAGGCCUGUACAAUACUCAAGACUAUUGAUAAAAGUGAAAUUACUAUGGUCAUGCCAAAAUAUCUAUGAUGUAUGAGUUUGCAAAUUGGUGCACGUCUUAUAUAUUGUAAUCAUAACCACAUCUCUCGAUAGCUUUAAGAAUUUUAAGCGAACGGUAACCAGCUUGUUUGUAACUCACCGCUGCAUACUAUUUUGGAAAGUUGCAAUUUCUCUCUUUUCAAUGUCCAUUUCUUCAGGAUUGUACACGGUGCUGUUAAUAAUGCAUUUAGCUGCGUGUGAUGAGGCGUGAUUGCGAAUAUUUCACGAGCGGCUCGGAACACGAUUACAAAUAAUAUCUCUUGCUUGUAAAGUGACAGAAAAAUGAAGAGAUCCAAGUAUCCCAUGUUAGAUAAGUGCAUGUAUGUAUAAAAUAGAGUACAGUUGGAAAAAUCUUGAUGUGAUCACAAUUAUUCACUGCAUAGUUCUUAGAGAAAUGAUCGAAUCGAUAUAAACUAUUGCAUAGAGAGCGCAAUGAUUGAGUAACUUUCCUUGUCGAGUUAAGUGUAAAUGAAGUGAAAUAAAAUAUUUUUGUUCAUUUUAAUUGUUAUUAUAAUGCUAUAAUAGGCUGUCGAUCAAUAAUUUGUAAUGUACAUGAAUUUUUUUAGAAUAGAAAUAAAAGAAAUGUUUUAAUUCAAUAA